UGCUUAACGCAGAAGCAAGCACAAGCACAACAACAACAACAACAAUAAUAAUAAUAAUAAGUUAGUACUAAAGUACUACUAGACUUAAUAUUUACAACAACAACAAUCAUUACUUUUAAGCAAACAACAAACACAGCAAAAUGGCCAGUUCAAAGAUUAUCUUGAAAGUUUUGCUUUCUCUGUGCGUGUGGUCCUUUGUCAUAAUCGGUCUCUUCAAAAUGCACGGCACCAAUAUUGUCUCACAGGAGUACAGCGCUGUGCCGUUGAGUGGUCGCAUUUUGCUGCAGAAGGACAUAUUGCGUUACGCGGAGACUACGUCGACCACAACGGAUCGUUUUGAUCCCUCGGAGAUAUUGGUAGACAAUCGAACAGCCAUGGAUGAUGAUCAGCUGGUGCGCGAUGUUGAGUCGCGCAUACCUUCGCUCCCCAUCGCCUACUGGAGCAAGAACAAGAAUUUCCGUCAGCAAAAAUCCAACACAUGCGCCAAAUAUCCGUCCAUCUUCGAGUUGGAAUUCAAUAAUAUCUACUGGCAGACGAUGCGCACAUCUAACGGCACCUUCCAGCUGUUCGGCGCUUACUAUGAUAUACGUAAGACCUCACGUAUCGGACCGACGGUACGUAUUCUCGGUAUGAUCGAUCGCAUACAGCCGACGGUAAAGACAUAUUGUCAGUUCUGGUUCGAUGGCCAGAAGGAACCCUUCAUUGUGAAGACAUUCGAAUACAAAUAUAUCUGGUACAAUAAGUGGGGUAACUACAAGCAGGGCAUCUAUCAGCCCUAUCUGAUAGCAUGUCAAAUACCGAAACCCUUCCAUGGCGUGGUGCCCAGCUCGGUAUCGAUGGUGGAGAAGGAAUGCGAUACAGCAACAAAUAACUUGCGCGUCAUCUACAAUCGGCCGCCAGAUGAUCAGAAGAAAGGUUUCGCCGUUUGCGUUAAGGGUCUGGACUUUCUGUACGAUGAUCUCUCGGUGCGUUUGAUUGAAUGGAUCGAGAUGUUGAAUAUUUUGGGCGCCGAUAAGAUCUACUUCUACAAUCUGCAAGUGCAUCCGAAUAUCACAAAAGUGCUUAGCCACUACGAGCAGGAGGGCAAAGUGCAGGUCAUACCGCUGACACUGCCGGGUGGACAACCGAAUGUGCCCGGCUUCCAGCAUCUCUACCUCACGAAGAAGACGAAUCACAAGCGUCAGAAUGAGGUCAUACCCUACAAUGAUUGUCUCUACAAGAAUCUCUACUUGUACAAAUACAUUGCGCUACUCGACAUCGACGAAGUGAUCAUGCCGAAAGGCAACUUCGUGCUCUGGAAAGAGCUGAUGGAGAAAGUGGUGCCCGAAUCGAUGAAGAUCAAACCCGAAGGCUACAACAGUUACAAUUUCCGCAAUGUCUACUUCCUGGACGACCAACAGCACGAGCACGGCUGGCACAAGGACAUACCCAAGUACAUGCACAUGCUGCAACACGUGCACCGCGCCAAGAACUACACCAAACCCAAUCAGUACGUGAAGUGUUUCCACGAUCCCGAGCGCGUGCUCACCCUGCACAAUCACUUUCCGCUCGCUUGCCUCGGCGGCGUCUGCAAGUCAUACCCGGUGAACACCACCGACGCGCAGCUGCAGCAUUAUCGCGCCGACUGCGUGAAUACGCUGAAGAAGAGCUGUGAGGAAUACCGCGAGAAUUCGGUCGAGGACAAAACGAUCUGGAAGUACAAAGACGAGCUCAUACGACGCACCUUCCGCACGCUCGAUACUUUGGGUUUCUUCAAGCGACCCGUCGGUGGCGGCAUUGGUUCGACCACGCACGCGAGUGAACGGUGAUUUCUGGGCAGUUGGUGGGCGGGCGGCAGCAAUAGCUGGAUGGGCGGCAGAGUGGGGGAGAGCAGUAGUGGCAGUGGCGCAGGCAAUGCGGCAGACUACUACGAGCGCGAACGUUGGCGAGAGGGUGCGCCGGGCAGCAACGAGUUUUUCUGAUAAUUCUGAGCGGAAUUUUAAAGUGACUGUUUGCAAAAUGAACUACGGUGUUUGUGAGAAAUUGCGGCUGUAAUUAUUUAAUCUACGUGAAAUUAAAAGCUCGUGAAAGCUCUUCGCAAUGGGUGAAAGCUCGUGAAAGCGGUGUGUCUAAAAUUUAAUUCACUACAAAUAUAUAGCGCACCAUCUGCUACAAAAUAUCACUCAGAAAGCGUAAAGCUCUCCAGUGCAAGAUACCUAAAGUUCACUAACUUUAUACCGUUACCUUGAAAGUAAGUAAAGCAUCCUCGUCAGAAAAAUAGAAAACGAAAAUAGUGUGGUACUUAACGAAGACAAUUUCUUCGCUGUAUUUUACAAAAACGAACGAACGUUUUUUUAUUAUUAGUGAAAGCAAUGAGAAAUUAUUACUUCGAAACAGUGUUAUGGCGAUAAAAUGUUCCCCAGCAUUGAAAAAAUGCUUGUAAAUUUUAACUAUCGACAAAAAAAUUCAAAAAAAAAAACAAAUAUUAUAAAAAUAUUUCUUUUUUUAAAUCCUGACUCCUUUAAAAGCUGUCUUCGUUUGUAGAACAAAAAACUGUAAAUUCUAGUAAAUAAAUCUUGUUAUUAUGCUCUUUAUAUUUACACUUGAAAAACAAAAACAGAACAAAAAUGUAAAAUGUGCCUUCAUGUUAAAAAGUGUACGAUCUUGAAAGAAACUUAAAAGAAAAUAUUUCUUUUUUGUAAUAUAAACAGAAAUUAAGAAAAUUAAAGUAAAUAUUCACUUGUAAAUAAUUUGAAAGUGCCAAGAGCUGAGCUGAGAAAUUUUAAAAAUUAAAAAUUUGGAAGAAAAUGUGAAAAUGAAGCUAAAACUUUUCUUAAAUUUUUGUUAAAAAAAAACUAAAAAUUUAGUAACUACAUAAAAAAUUAAGAGUUGCCAGAUUAAAAUAUUUAAAAAUUCCAACAAUUAAAUAAUUCAAUUUUUUCUUUUAAAAUCACUAAAAAGGUUUGAAAAAAAAUUAUUUCGAAAUUUCUGAAAAAUUUCAAACUUUUUAGCAAACAUUAUUUGAUCUGAAAUAUUUUAAUUUUUUUAAUUAAAUUAAAAAAUUUUUCAAAUUCUGUUCUUCAUUUUAAUAAUAUUUAAUAAUUUAAUAAAUAAUUUUUAAUAAUUUAAUUUUUGUGUGAAAAAGUCCGAUAUUUACGACUAAUUUCGACAAAAACAAAUAUUUUGCUUAAAAUACGAAUACGGUAAAAAAAAUUACAUAAAUUUUCCUAUAAAUUGAUUAGCAAAGCUUUUGGCACCACAAAACUAUAA